GCGCCCCAGUCGCGCCAUACACCAUGUGCUGGCAGAGGAUGACGAGACUCAGUAUGAAGAGGAGGGUACGUCGGGGUCCGACGUCGAAGAAGCAGACCUGUAUCAUCUUUGCCUAAACGAUUAUAAAUCGAUAUAAGGAGCUGUUUAGCGGAGGACUCGGGCGGUUUAGUGGUGGAAAAGCGACACUCCGAGUGCGUGAAGGGGCUACGCCGGUGUUUUGCCGCGCGCGGCCGCUGCCGUACGCGCUCCGCGACCGGGUCGAGGCGGAGCUGGACGAGAUGCUGCGCUGCGGCGUCAUCGAGCCGGUCGACACGUCGGAGUGGGCCACGCCGCUGGUACCGGUACGUAAAGCUGAUGGGGGUUUGCGAAUCUGUGCAGAUUACAAAGUGACCUUGAACCCCGCCUUACUGAUUGAUAGGUAUCCGCUUCCUAAGAUAGAUGAUCUUUUAGUGAGACUCAAUGGUGCCCGCGUAUUUUCAAAAAUUGACUUGACACAGGCUUAUAAUCAGGUGGAGUUGGACGACUCUAAAAAGUAUACCGUCAUCAACACACAUAAGGGAUUAUUCAGAUAUAAUAGACUAGUUUACGGAUUGUCUUCCAGCCCUGGUAUAUUCCAGCGAAUAAUGUCCAAUUUGUUGAAAGAUCUACCUCAAGUAGAAGUAUUUCUCGAUGAUAUAAUUAUUGGUUCCGCGGACAUAAAUUCGCAUUUAGUGACAUUAGAAAAAGUUUUGAAACGGCUUCACGAUCAUGGAAUGAAAUUAAAGAAAAGUAAAUGUUCUUUCUUAUUGGAAGAGGUACAGUACUUGGGAUAUGUAAUUUCAAAAGACGGAAUUAAAGUAGAUCCCACCAAGAUAGAAGGUAUCCUUAAGAUACCUCGACCUCUCAAUGUGACAGAUUUAAGGUCAUUUCUAGGGGUAGUUAAUUUUUAUGCUCGAUUUGUACCGCAUUUGAGUACCAUUUUAUCCCCCUUGUAUGAUUUACUUAGAAAAGGAGCUGUAUGGAAUUGGAAUGAACGUUGCGAAAAAUCAUUUAAAAGUAUUAAGAAACUGUUAGUGAGCGCGGAAGUGUUAAGUCAUUACGAUCCUAACAAACAGCUGACGUUGACCACUGAUGCGAGCAGCCGCGGCAUCUCCGGCGUGCUGACACAGCCCGGGGACAGCGCGGACGCGGGCGGUGCGCGCGAACGACCAGUCGCUUAUGUCUCGCGUUCUUUAAAUGAGGCGGAACGUAAUUACUCUCAAAUAGACAAAGAGGCGUUAGCAAUCGUAUUCAGUUUACAGAAAUUACAUCAAUUCCUUUAUGGCAGACACUUUACAUUACGAACGGAUCACAAACCGCUCGUUAGUAUUUUUGGUUCCAAGCAGGGUAUUCCCGCGAUGGUGGCUAGCCGAUUGCAACGGUGGGCGAUUAAACUUUCCGCAUAUACUUAUGAUAUAGAGUACAUACGCACCGAUGCAAAUGGCGCAGAUGGCUUGUCGCGCUUGCCCGUGCCGAUCAAAAAUGCUGACUCGCUAGACGGCCCGCCGCCCGAGCAAACGUAUUUACAUUUCGCUCAAAACGAAUUGUUAUUAGAUUAUCAUGAUGUUAAAAAAGAAACACAACGCGACCCGACCUUGAGCAGAGUGUUAGGGUAUAUACGAUCCAGUUGGCCGACUGACGUAGAAAUCCGAAAUUUACAACCGUACUUUAACCGUAGGCUAGAAUUGUACGAAGAGUUAGGAUGCGUAAUGUGGGGCCAUCGGGUGGUAAUACCAGAGGGUUGCCGAGAUAGGGUUUUAAGCGUGUUACAUGAGAGUCAUAUGGGAAUCGUAAAGACGAAAGCUUUUGCCCGGAGCUACGUGUGGUGGCCGGGCAUAGAUGAGGCGGUGGAGCGCACGUGUCGCGAUUGCGGCGUGUGCGCCGCCGAGGCGGAGGCGCCCGCGCGCCAUGCGCCGUGCCCGUGGCCCUGGCCUUCGCGCCCGUGGACGCGGGUUCAUUUAGACUUUUUAGGACCUCUUUAUGGAAUAACUUAUUUGGUUAUGAUUGACGCUCGAACAAAGUGGCUCGAGGUAUUUCCAGUAAAUAGUACCUCGGCUAAUAACACCAUUGAAAAGUUGUGUGAAGUUAACGCUCGAUGGGGUUUCCCUAGACAAAUAGUUUCGGAUAACGGCCCUCCGUUUACGAGUACACAAUUCGCGACCUUUUUAACACAAAACCGUAUUGAACAUGUACACUCAGCUCCAUAUCAUCCUGCUUCUAAUGGGGCAGCAGAAAAUGCGGUUCGAAUUAUUAAACGGGUUAUAAAGAAAGCCGUGCGACAGAAACACAAUGUUAAUUUAGCUAUCAGUAAUUUCUUAUUACAUUACCGCAAUACACCACACUGCACGACAGGCGAAAGCCCAGCUACGCUUAUGAUGGGUAGGCAGGUUCGUACACAAUUAGAUGUACUGCGUCCAGAUUGUGAAGAUAGGGUGCGUAAGGCACAGAGAAAACAAGCGGACAUUCGAUUAAGCCCCAAUCGUGUUCUCCAAUCAGGUGAUAAAGUAUGGAUAAGGCAAUAUCAGGGUGAUACAAAAUGGCUUCCUGGUCGUAUUACUCAGAGGACCGGGACUACGGACUACACAGUGUGCGAUAACUUAAAUAGGGAGGUACAUAGGCACGUUGAUCAGUUAAGGCGGCGAUCAAGUAUAUUAACCUGCCCAGGUGACUCAUCAGCUUUGCAGGUACCUCUGCCCGAACCGGUGGCAUAUACUGAAGACGCUAUUCCUGACCGUGCCGAUGCCCCGUUAGCCACAGGUACGCCGCAGCGCAGUCAUCAAGGUCGGCCAUCCGCUUCGAGCGGAGCGAGUCCGGGUCCGAGCCGAGCGUCUGACGCGCAUUCCGUAACGCCGCAGGCCUCGCCAAGGUCAGACUGUAGCGAAGAUCUCUUUUUGUCGCCUACAGCAACUUCCACCCCACCAUCUAAACCGCCCCAGUUACCUAGACAUGUCAGAGAAUGUAGACUAAAAAACCCACCAAAAUAUAAAAUUUAAUUAGUAUUACUUUUUUUUAUUUUUUUUU